CCAUUUUUCUUGUGGGAGCUUUAGAAGUAGGCCGAUUGUCGAAAAGAUGGCUGCUUCCAGAGACGGCAUGAAACAUAAUAACACUCUGUUUAUGCAGUUCAGUUCCGUUUAGCUGUGUUGUGAGAUCAUUGUUGCAGCUGUAAUUGUACCAGAGGACAUGUCUACUCCCGGUUCCGCGGUUUCUGGGACCACAGGGUCGGUUCUGCAGCCGCGAUGGAAGCGGGUCCUCGGAUGGUCCGGUCCCGUCCCUCGGCCCAGACAUGGGCACAGAGCCGUGGCCAUAAAAGAGCUCAUGGUUGUCUUUGGCGGUGGAAAUGAAGGGAUCGUCGACGAAUUACACGUAUACAACACAGCAACAAACCAGUGGUUUAUCCCAGCGGUCCGUGGUGAUAUUCCCCCUGGUUGUGCUGCAUACGGUUUUGUUUGUGAUGGCACAAGGCUGUUGGUGUUCGGUGGAAUGGUGGAGUAUGGAAAAUACAGCAAUGAUCUCUAUGAACUACAGGCCAGCAGAUGGGAAUGGAAAAAAUUGAAAGCAAAGAACCCAAAGAAUGGGCCUCCUCCUUGUCCUCGCCUUGGCCACAGCUUUUCUCUGGUGGGCAACAAAUGCUAUCUGUUUGGUGGAUUAGCCAAUGACAGUGAAGACCCCAAAAACAACAUUCCCAGAUACCUGAAUGAUCUGUACACUCUUGAGCUUCGUGCGGGGUCCAGUGUGGUUGGAUGGGAUAUACCAAUCACAUAUGGAGUUCUGCCUCCUCCCCGUGAGAGCCACACUGCUGUGGUGUACACAGAGAAGACGAGCCGGAAAUCUCGCCUGAUUAUCUAUGGAGGGAUGAGUGGCUGUCGUCUUGGAGAUCUGUGGACACUUGACAUUGACACUCUGACCUGGAACAAACCAUCAGUAAGCGGCACAGCGCCACUUCCCAGAAGUCUUCACUCUGCCACCACCAUCACAAACAAGAUGUAUGUUUUUGGAGGAUGGGUUCCUCUGGUAAUGGAUGAUGUGAAGGUGGCCACGCACGAGAAGGAGUGGAAGUGUACAAACACUCUUGCCUGUUUAAAUCUUGACUCCAUGUGUUGGGAGACAGUGUUGAUGGAUACUCUUGAGGAUAACAUCCCCAGGGCCCGUGCAGGCCAUUGCUCUGUGGCCAUCAACUCCAGACUCUAUGUCUGGAGUGGCCGUGAUGGUUAUCGUAAAGCUUGGAACAACCAAGUCUGCUGUAAAGACCUCUGGUACCUGGAAACUGAGCGGCCACAUGCUCCUGCCAGGGUGCAGUUAGUCCGUGCCAACACCAACUCACUGGAGGUGAGCUGGGGUGCUGUGUCCACCGCUGACACCUACCUGCUGCAGCUGCAGAAAUAUGACAUCCCAGCAGCUACAGCUGCAACCUCACCAGUCCUGAGCGCCACGCCCUCACUGCCUGGGAACUCGCCUAAGAGUCCUGCACCUGCUGCUGCAGCACCUGCCGCAGCAGCACCUGCUGCUCAGAACCUCCCACAGACAGCUAUUUUGAAGGUUGCAGCUCCCCAGUCUGCCACUGGUACCUCUAUUGUCACUGUCCGCCCCAACCAGGCUGGGAAAUCCCCUGUCACCGUGACAUCACUUCCUCCAGGUGUUCGUAUGGUAGUGCCAGCCCAGACUACCCAAGGAUCGCCAAUCGGCAGUAGCCCUCAGAUGAGUGGCAUGGCAGCUUUAGCUGCAGCAGCAGCAGCAACACAAAAGAUCCCACCUUCCUCUGCUGGCACUGUGCUCAAUGUUCCUGCGGGUGCCACCAUUCUCAAAACAGUAGCCGUUUCUCCUGGCACAACUACAGUCAAAGUGGCCUCUCCAGUCAUGGUGAGUAACCCUGCCACCCGGAUGUUGAAGACUGCUGCAGCCCAGGUGGGCACAGCCACUGCGUCCUCUCCCACCACUCCCACCAGACCCAUCAUCACUGUACACAAGUCUGGUACAGUCACAGUGGCCCAGCAGGCCCAGGUGGUCACCACUGUGGUGGGCGGAGUCACCAAGACCAUCACCCUGGUCAAGAGUCCCCUAACCAUGGGCAGCAGCGGCACUCUGAUCUCCAACCUUGGCAAGAUGAUGUCUGUGGUACAAACCAAGCCAGUGCAGACAUCAGCUGUCACAGGCCAGGCUUCCACUAACCCUCUCACACAGAUCAUACAGACCAAGGGUCCUCUCCCAGCUGGCACCAUCCUGAAGCUGGUGACCUCCACAGAUGGCAAACCCACCACCAUCAUCACGACUUCGCAGGCAGGAGGCACAGGCAACAAGCCCACUAUCCUCAACAUCAGUGGCAUGUCUCCUACCACCACUAAGCAAGGCACCACCAUCAUAAAGACCAUCCCCAUGUCAGCCAUCAUGACCCAGCCUGGAGCUACAGGUGUUACAAGCAGUGCAGGCAUGAAGACACCAAUCACAAUCCUUACCACAAAGAUGAUGACCACUGGCACUCCUGGAAAAAUCAUCACUGCUGUGCCAAAACUUGGCACUGCAGCUGGCCAGCAGGGACUGACCCAGGUGGUAUUGAAGGGUGCUCCUGGGCAACCAGGCACCAUUUUGCGCACUGUGCCCAUGAGCACAGUGGGUGGUGUCCGACUUGUUACACCAGUGACUGUGUCUGCUGUCAAGCCCACUGUCACCACCCUGGUUGUCAAGGGAACCACUGGUGUCACCACUCUGGGGACGGUCACUGGCACGGUUUCCACUAGCCUUGCUGGGGGCAGUGUGGCCAGUGCCAACGCCUCUUUGGCUACACCUGUCACCACGCUGGGCACAAUCGCCACCCUGUCCAGCCAGGUCAUCAGCCCUACUGCCAUCACGGUGUCAGCAGCCCAGACCAGCCUGACUUCUGCCUCCACACUGCCCUCCUCCACCAUCACCGUGCAGAACCAGCCCACCCAGGUGACUCUGAUCACGACCCCCAGUGGGGUGGAGGCCCAGCCAGUGCAAGAUCUUCCAGUCUCCAUCCUGGCCUCUCCAACCUCUGAGCAACCCAGCUCAACUGAGGCCGGAGGAGCUGGAGAGGGCUCCGGUACCGUUACCCUGGUCUGUUCUAACCCGCCCUGCGAGACCCACGAAACAGGAACCACCAACACAGCCACAACCUCCUCAGCCACCAUUGGAGCAGGGCAGGUCUGCUCCAACCCCCCUUGUGAAACUCACGAAACGGGCACUACCAACACUGCUACAACUGCAUCAGCAAACAUGUCUGCGCUGCGCGUGUGUUCCAACCCACCCUGCGAGACCCACGAAACUGGGACAACCAACACAGCUACCACAGCUUCAGCUAACAUAGGAGGGGGGAUGCAGCAGGUGUGCUCUAACCCACCAUGUGAGACCCACGUGACGGGUACCACCAACACCUCCACCCAAGCAUCAUCCAACAUGAGUGCGGGCCAGACGAACACCGUACAGAGGGUCUGCUCUAACCCACCCUGCGAAACCCAUGAGACGGGGACAACCAACACCCCGUCCACAGCCACUUCCAGCAUGGGAGCCAACCAGACCAGCACAGAGACAGGAAUGGUCCAGAGGGUUUGCUCCAACCCGCCCUGUGAAACACAUGAGACUGGGACCACCAAUACGGCCACCACUGCCACCUGCAGCAUGGAGACUGGCGAGGGCGCAGCCCAGCAGACUGAGGAGGGAACAGAAGCUACCAGCAGUGCAGAAGUCGCUUCCACCACCGCAGGAACAGGCCUAGCUACCACCACCCAGGGCAGGGCCAUCACUACUGUCACUCAGUCUACACCAGCCCCAGGACCCUCUGUACCCUCUAUCUCAUCAAUCACAGAAGGAGCAAGUGCUGCAGCCAGCUCCACAGAGGAGCCCAUGCAGACUGAUGAGACGACAUCAGCAGAGGCUGCAGCCGCAGAUGAGGGGGGCACCGCCAUGGAGACACAAGCAGAGGGAGAAGCAGCAGCAGCAACUGCCUUGAACCUGCCCUCAGAGCUGAUGUCUGAGGGCCAGGGAGCCACCCUCAUGGUGACUGGGCUGUCUGACGAGGAGCUGGCUGUGACUGCAGCAGCAGAGGCAGCAGCUCAGGCGGCAGCUACAGAGGAAGCCCAGGCCUUGGCUAUCCAGGCUGUCCUCCAGGCAGCGCAGCAAGCUGUCAUGAAUGAGGGUGAUUCCAGUGGAGAGAGCCAGCAGCCAGCCAACAUCCCCAUCAUGCUGACCCAGCAGGAGCUGGCAGCACUGGUCCAGCAGCAGCAGCAGCUCCAGGAAGCUCAUGCUGCUGCCCAGCAGGGCACCGUUGAUGCAAGUUUGCCAACUGAAGGCCUUGCCCCUGCCGACAGCCUCAAUGAUCCCUCUGUAGAGAGCAAUGGGCACAAUGAGAUGGCUGCUGCAGUCACUAGCGCUGUGGCUUCACUGCUGCCACGUACCACCGCAGAGACUUUAGCACCAUCGAGCACAUUUGCUCCCUCCGUAUCGGUCGCCAGUCCAGCCAAGCUGCAGGCUGCAGCUGCUCUAGCAGAGGUGGCCAAUGGCAUUGAGGGAGGGAAACAAACCCCUCAGCCAACACCAGUGAAGCCUGUUGCAAAGAAAGAGAACCAGUGGUUUGAUGUUGGAAUUGUUAAAGUGACAAAUAUGGUGGUCACCCACUUCUAUGUGCCAGCAGAUGACUCGCAAGGAGAUGAUGACUCUGGUAUCAUGCCAGACUACAGCCAGAUGAAGAAAAUGGAACUACAGCCUGGCACGGCUUACAAGUUCCGUGUUGCUGGAAUCAACGCUUGUGGUCGUGGGGCUUUCUCUGAGAUCUCUGCUUUCAAGACUUGCCUACCAGGCUUCCCAGGGGCACCUUGUGCCAUUAAAAUCAGCAAGAGCCCAGAUGGAGCCCACCUGACCUGGGAGCCGCCUUCCGUGACGUCAGGGAAGAUAAUUGAAUACUCGGUGUACUUGGCCAUCCAGAGCAACCAGACGGCUGAAGCCAAGGCCUCCACACCAGCCCAGUUAGCCUUCAUGCGUGUGUACUGCGGGCCCAACCCCUCCUGCCUGGUGCAGUCGUCCAGCCUCUCCAAUGCCCACAUUGACUACACCACCAAGCCGGCCAUCAUCUUCCGCAUUGCUGCCCGCAAUGAGAAAGGCUACGGUCCCGCCACCCAAGUCCGAUGGCUGCAAGAAUCUGGCAAAGACGCCACAUCUGCAAAACCUGCCCCCAAAAGACCAGGCACCUCCCCUGAUACUAAGGCUACUGGUCCAAAGAAAGCAAGGACGGACCAGUGAGGUUGCCCAGAGCCCCCCCUCCCAGUUUCUUGUCCCCUUUCCACUCGCUGUCCUUUUACCAGGAAGACUGACCCCUCCACCUCUUCAUCCUCAUCCUAAUCUCAUCCUUCAUCCUCAAGUUUGACUCAGAUCAUGCCAGCAAUGGAGGCAGAACAACAGUAUGAAGCCAAGACGAAAGUCAAUCUGAGAUGUUUUCUUUAUAUAAAACCCUCCUCCUUCCUUGUUCUGUUGAUCGUACGUUUUUUUUAGAGCAACACAAACUUAGAAGCACAUUAUACCUUUUUCAGUCACAUCCCCUCCCAUCCUUUAAUAUCUAUUUUUGGCUUGUUUCAGUAGUUGGGCAGUAUAGAGAAGCAUUUACAACUUUCACAAACUGGGAGCCAGCCUGAGCGUGUUGUUACCUUUUUUUAUGUUUUGUUUUGUUUUGUUACCUUUUUUUUUUUUUUUUUUUUUUUUUUUUUUUCUCUUUUGUGAUUCUUGGGGAUGUAGAGAGAGACUACAUGAGAUGAUGUACAGUGCUGAAAAAGCAGUGGAGGCAUUAGUUUAGAUGAGAGGAAAAAUCAGUAUGGAAAACAAAGCACUUGUCCUCGAAGAGAGGGGACAUCUUUUUGGUUUUUAUUUUUCCUUUUUUUUUCUUUUUUUGCUCAAAAACAAAUUUGCUUCAUCGAGAACCAAGUCUGUACAGACAUCGUACUGGACUCCAGUUUCCUGGUAUUGUCAUCACUGUGCGCUUUUUACCCCAAGAUGAGGACUGGUGGCUGACACAAUGAAGUGGACAAAAAGAAUGGCGAAGGAAGAGAUUUGUAGAGAAUGAACGACAUAGACUUUGCUAGGACUGAGACUUGCAGCACACAAAAAAAAAUCUUGCAAAAUAUUCCCAAAAAAUUAGCAAGCAACGAUGCAGAAGAUCUUUUGUGUAGUUUAUUUUUGUAUUUUUUAAGCUUUUUUUUUCCUGUGUGUAUGUGUAUGUCAAGUGUGCAUUUUUAAAACAUCACUUUUUUUAACUGUUGUUCAUCCCCAUAAUUUGUGUUUGUGGGAAGAGGGGUGGCUGUGUUGAGGUAGCCACUAUAUUUUUAAAUGUUCAUUCAGUUGGUUGUAUGUUCUUGUUGUAACGGAAGGUAAUGACAGAGAGAACGACUUUUGUAUUUGUUCCAAGUAGAAUCGCAGAGGUUAUAGGACUGAAGGGAACUUUGAAAUGGACCCAGGGAGAGGAGAGCUUUUACUUUGUUUACUACAACUUACUCAGUGCUUGUGUUGCUUUGUGUUUGCCAAACAUGGAAUUUCAAGGAGUAUAGUGAGGAAAAUAAGAUCAGUUCUUUUCAUACCCUUCCCCAUAUAUCCCAAUCAACUGUCCUAUGCUUUUUAUGCUCAUGAAUGUUGUCCCACCUUUUCUUUAAUUUUUAGAAUGGCAAAUUAUAUUAGUAGACUUUAUUUGCCCUAUCCUAUUGAUGUAUGUGAAUCCAUUUAAUAAAUUUUAAUUUUUUUUUCCUUCCACGGCUCUGUAUUUCAGAUUACAGAUGGUGUGCAAGCUAACUGUGACGUGUAUACCCGUAUGUUUUGAAUGGGGAUGUCUUGGGAAGAAAGCUUACAUAGCCAGAGUGUACUCACUUGUAAAUUAGUUCGUUCAUAUAGCAAGAAUAAAACAACAACAAAAAAAAGAACAUCUUGGCCUUUUAUAUAAUUACCUGUAACAAACUGUUUUUACAUGUUGGUCAUCUCUUGAUUGCCUUUUGUGUCUUUACUUAUAAAAGAAACAGAAAUAUAUAUAUAAAUAUAUACAGUCUCCCUGAUUGUUCUAAUUUGCUUCUGUCAAGCUGAUUCACUGUAGGAGUCUGAAUCACUGCUAGGUUCAUUACAAUACAAAACUUGUAUAGGGAGGAGGAGGAGGUUUCUGAUUGGACAUGAGUGUAUAUCAGUAUUUUGUAAGGGCAGAUUAAGUUGUGGUAGUAAUGGCCAGGGAGAAAAGAGCCAGGGCUCAGCUUGCCGCCUCUCUCCGGCUCGCAAGUCUGGCGCCUUGGUUUCCGUUUGUGGUUUCUCCUGAUUUAUUUCUAUAAUGAACUUUCUCUUCAUAUGCAUUCAUAAUUUUGUGCGUGUCAGUGUGUCUGUUGAACAAAACUAGACAUGCAUGCAAAAGCAGUGUAUUUUAGUAGUGAUGCCUUAAGUUAGACCAUAAGCUGAAGGUUCUCAAAAGAAAAAAAAAUACAUUUAAUGAGUUUGUUCCUCUCUCCAUGUGGUAUACAAUUGUGUCCUUUCCUUCCACAGUACCUUUGCUGGGUCACUAUUUUUGCACCCUUGUUAGAUAGGUCAUCAUCAGCAGUGCCGAGGUCUCUCUGAACUUUUCCUCCCACACUGGGACAGGUGCUGGUCUCAGCACUGACAGUUGUUGCGAGUUUCUCUCGGCUGUUUGCAGGUUAUCUGGAAAUGUCCUGUAUUUUCCAAUGUGUGUUUUUUGUACUGUAGGGAGUAAUGUAUCUUUUAUCAUCAAAAAAUAAACAUGUUAAACAUAAA